UGGUCCAGUGCUUGGCGGUCGUACUUGUCGUAUGCCACCUCCCUAUCUGUGUCGCCUCCGCCGGGGUAUCUUCUGAAACCUUGCCGAGAGCUCGGUGUACAAGUUCGCUGCUGACAGGGAGGCAAGGUGCCAGCGGAUAGAGCGCGAGAGAUGGCGACCUCCGAGCUCUCGGAGCUGCGCGCCGAGCUUUGGCGAACACGCGACGACCUCGAGCGGAUCAAGUCUCGUGGCACCCCGCCGAGCGCUGACUGUUCGCCCCGGCGGCACUUCGAUCGCCGUCGCCAUCGCGCUUCCCCUUCCCCCACCCUCACUGCUGCUACCGCGCACGAAGAAGGGGAUAAGGAUCGUGACCAUCGUCGACAUCGGCACAGCGAGCAGCACAAGGGCGACGGGCUAGAGGGCGGCGGGGGGAUACGGGGUGAUAGCGGUGGGGGGAUUGGGAGCGGGCCAACCAGCACUCCAACAAGCGGAGGCUCAUCGCCCGGAUCGGGGGCGGACAUCGAUGAUGAGGCCCCAAGAGGUCUGGGCGGAACAGCCGCUUCUGGGUCUUCUCCCGGUGGUCGGCAACUGAAGUUCGGAAGCAGCCGUGGUGGCGUUGGCAGCGCCAGCUCAGAAGGCGAGAACGCCGCGAAAGGCGGAUCGUCGGAGGAGGCGGCCGCAGAAGAGACCCUCUGCAACCUGGAGCUCGAGGGAGCGGCUUUCAAGAAUUGGACGGAAGAAGCUUCGUCGAUCGCCGUCCGCCUCAUCGAGGAGGUCAAAAUGCUCCGCUGGGAGAAGGCUAGCUGGACGGAACGGGAGCGCGCCGCCGAGCGCGCGUCAGAACGAGCGGCGGCGGAGGCGAGGGCGCAGGCCGCCCACCUGGAGGAGCGUCUGGGCUUAGCCGAGGCCGACGGGAGGAGGGCGCAAGAGGCGCUGGCGAGGGCGCAGCAGGACGUGGAGAGAGAGAGGGCGCGAGCGAAAACGGAGCGAGCUAAGGCGGAAGGUCUCCGCACAGCGGCGGCGACGGCGGCGGCCGCGGCCUCGGCGGCCCAGCAGGAGAAAGAGAAGAUGCAGUACGAUCAACAACGCAAGGAGGAAGCGAGGCAGCAGCAGGAAAGGGACGUGGCCGCUGGUGGGGGAGGGGGAUUGGUUGAGAUGUUGAGGCGCGAAAAGGAGGGGGCAGAUGCCCUGCAGCGGAGGCUGGACGCGGCCAGGGCGGCAUCUGCGAAGCACGAGAAGGAAAGGAAAGAGUGGCGAUCGUCGAAGGCGAGGUUGGAGGAGCUGCGCCGGUCAUGGGGGAAACAGCUGAAUAAGGUUGAGAAGAAGAUGCGGUCCAUGGCGAAGGAGAACGCCGCCCUCCGAGCCAGGGUCGGUGAGGCGGAGCGGGCGAGGGACCGCGCCGAUGCGGACUCCCUCGGCCACCGCGAAGAGCUCCGGCGGCUCACCGAGCAGCGGGACAACCUCCUCCUCGGGGCCACUCGCCUUGGCGGGAGGCGCGGCCUGGCGGCCUCCUCGCCAGCGGAAACCCUGGCGGAGCUCCUGGCGGCCGCCGCGGCCGGGGCUGCAGCCGAUGCCACCGACGUCGGGCCGGGGGCGGAGGGGGAGCUCGAGGCCCAACUGGAGCGGGCGAGGUCGGAGGCGAAGCUCGCGAGGGUGGCGGCGCAGCAGGAGCGGUUGAGGCGGGAGGCGGCGGCGAGGGAGAAGGAGGAGGCGGUGCGGCAGCUGCACCGGCUGAUGGGGGCGGCGAGGAGGGCCGUGGGGAGGAGAGACUCGAGGCUCAAGUCGAGCCGGAUGGAGACGGAGGUAGUCUGGAACGCGCUAACGGAGGCCGUUCGCUGACAUGGCGCGCCGCUCGAAGAUGUUUGCUGGUAU